CAGAGUGAGUGGCGAAGGGAGGUGUGAGAGAGAGAAAGAGUGUGCGUGUGUGUGUGUACGUGUUUGCUGCAUAUGUCAGUAGACUGUGAUCACACAAUUUGGCAUUUUCAUUCCAUUCGCAAUGGCCGCAACUUUGCACAAGGUGACUCCGACUACUGCUUCGGCCUCCGCUUCUAUCGCCCGUCGUGAGUCCGCCGCAGCCUCCGUCCUGGUGGACGAUCAGCAGAAACAAACGCCGGCUCUGACGUCAUUGCUUAACUCUCAACCUCCUUCCUCCAAUCCCUCUAGCAAAGGGAAACAAAUCAUGCCAAGAGCUCAUACAUGCCAUCCUUUGGACCCUUUAUCUGCUGCUGAAAUCUCUGUGGCUGUGGCGACCGUCAGAGCUGCCGGUGAAACACCCGAGGUCAGAGAUGGCAUGCGCUUUAUUGAGGUGGUUCUUCUGGAACCUGAUAAAAGUGUCGUUGCACUGGCUGAUGCCUAUUUCUUCCCACCUUUCCAAUCUUCAUUGAUGUCCAGAAGGAAAGGAGGGCUUCCCAUUCCUACUAAGCUUCCUCCAAGGCGAGCUAGACUUAUUGCAUAUAAUAAGAAAACAAAUGAGACAAGCAUAUGGAUUGUUGAGCUAGCUGAAGUACAUGCUGCUGCUCGAGGUGGACAUCACAAGGGAAAAGUGAUUUCAUCCAAUGUUGUUCCAGAUGUUCAGCCACCUAUAGAUGCACAAGAGUAUGCUGACUGUGAAGCUGUAGUUAAAAAUUAUCCUCCUUUUAGGGAAGCAAUGAAGAGAAGGGGUAUUGAUGACAUGGAUGUUGUGAUGGUGGACCCCUGGUGCGUUGGUUAUCACAGUGAGGCUGAUGCUCCUAGCCGCAGGCUUGCCAAACCGCUAGUAUUCUGCAGAACAGAGAGUGACUGCCCAAUGGAAAAUGGAUAUGCAAGACCGGUUGAAGGAAUAUAUGCCCUUGUUGAUGUGCAAAACAUGCAGGUGAUAGAGUUUGAAGACCGCAAACUUGUACCUUUACCUCCAGCUGAUCCACUGAGGAAUUACACUGCUGGUGAGACAAGAGGAGGGGUCGAUCGAAGUGAUGUAAAACCCCUCCAGAUUAUUCAGCCAGAGGGUCCAAGCUUUCGAGUCAAUGGGAACUAUGUGGAAUGGCAAAAGUGGAACUUCCGAGUAGGUUUCACCCCUAGGGAGGGUUUGGUUAUACACUCUGUGGCAUAUCUUGACGGUAGCAGGGGUCGGAGACCCAUAGCCCAUAGGUUGAGUUUUGUGGAGAUGGUUGUCCCCUAUGGGGAUCCAAAUGACCCACAUUACAGAAAGAACGCUUUUGAUGCAGGAGAAGAUGGGCUCGGAAAGAAUGCUCAUUCACUUAAGAGGGGAUGCGAUUGUUUAGGAUACAUAAAGUACUUUGAUGCCAAUUUUGCAAAUUUUACCGGAGGAGUAGAAACCACUGAAAAUUGUGUAUGUUUGCAUGAAGAAGAUCACGGGAUGCUCUGGAAGCAUCAAGAUUGGAGAACUGGCCUUGCAGAAGUUAGACGGUCUAGACGACUUACAGUUUCUUUUAUUUGCACUGUGGCCAAUUAUGAAUAUGGAUUCUACUGGCACUUUUACCAGGAUGGGAAAAUUGAAGCAGAAGUCAAACUCACAGGAAUUCUCAGUUUGGGAGCAUUGCCCCCCGGAGAGUCUCGUAAAUAUGGCACCACAAUAGCACCAGGAUUGUAUGCACCUGUUCAUCAACACUUCUUUGUUGCUCGUAUGAAUAUGGCAGUUGAUUGUAAACCAGGAGAAGCACACAAUCAGGUUGUUGAAGUUAAUGUAAGAGUUGAAGAACCUGGGAAAGAAAAUGUUCACAACAAUGCGUUCUAUGCUAAGGAAACAGUGCUUACGUCUGAAUUGCAAGCAAUGCGGGACUGUGAUACUUUAUCUGCUCGUCAUUGGAUUGUUAGGAACACAAGAACAUCCAAUAGAACAGGACAGCUAACAGGGUACAAGCUGGUACCUGGCCCUAGCUGUUUGCCAUUAGCUGGUCCUGAGGCUAAGUUUUUGAGAAGAGCUGCAUUUUUGAAGCACAAUCUAUGGGUUACACAAUAUGCACCCGGAGAAGAUUUUCCAGGGGGAGAGUUCCCUAAUCAAAAUCCACGUGUUGGUGAGGGAUUAGCUUCUUGGGUUAAGCAAGAUCGUUCUCUGGAAGAAAGUGAUGUUGUUCUCUGGUAUGUUUUUGGAAUCACACAUGUUCCUCGGUUGGAGGACUGGCCUGUUAUGCCAGUUGAACAUAUCGGUUUUAUGCUUCAGCCGCAUGGAUUCUUUAACUGCUCUCCUGCUGUAGAUGUACCUCCUCCUCGGGGAUGUGACUUGGAAAUCAAAGACAGUGAUGGUUCAGAAAAUGGUGUAGCAAAGCCCACUCCCAGUAGUUUGAUGGCCAAGCUUUGAAAGGUUUGUGAUUCAGAAAAUAGUCCUCUCGUAUUAUCUGCACAGACACACAACAGGCAAACUUCCAUCUUCUGUUUCUUUCGGUACUGUCCUGAAUUAGUUGGUGCUACCACAUGGAUGUUGUUAUACUUUAGAUAACGUGUUUAUGCAAAGCAUGUCCUGUUUUCUAUUGACCUUGAACAUCGUUAUAUAGAAAAACUAAUAACAUUCACUCUCUUUGUAUUUUUAUUUGUAUGGUAUAAGCACUUUCACAGGUCCAUCUUAAACUUGAAUAUUUGAAAAAGAUUAUCAAAUACCACUAUUUGCAUCGGAGGUCUAAAAUUCAUGCAAAAUAUCAAUUUAAAACCUUCUCUGACAAUUAAUCCAUAGUACUACAAACAAGACUCAUAUCUUCAAGCUCUAGAAGUUUUGGGUUCAAUUCUUGCUAAUAGUAAGAAGGUUAUACAUGUAUUUGUUAUUGAUUGUACAUUGUAAGUAAUUUCCAUUGUAGUUGUUCAUAAUUAUUCAUUAAUUGAUUGAUUGAUUACUCACACUUCAACUUGAUUCCCUGUGUGGUGAUACUACUCCUACCCCCUCCCCUCAUCCCUCUGAAAAAAGGAAAGAAAACUUGGAGUCUUGGACGUACGAAUUUAAAUGCACAACAAAACUUUUUUCAUAUGUAUUGUUAAUACACUUCAUAUAAUUCAAAAGAGGGGUUGAA